CAUUAUGAUCGUGUGGUACACUCAUUCCUCUGCAAGUCGCAUGUGCAACAGCAUCCGAGUGUGUGAAGUCCAUUCUUGAAUCUACGUUAGAUUCUCAUAUAUUAAUAUCCGCACGAUAUAAAUAGUACGGAAUAAUGGAUAAAAGAUCGAUCGUGUUUUCAACUAUGGAUGACGAGACAGCGGAUAAAUUAGACGAGAUAUUUGGGUUGAAGCCGAGUCUUGUAAAGGUGCAACCCAGUUAUUGCUUGUUACCGCCAAAAAUUAUCUUUUACGCGCAGAAAAUACGUGACAUGCCGGUAUACGAGGAUGACGUCUGGAUGAUCUCGUUUCCUCGAAGUGGAAGUCACUGGGCACAGGAAAUGACAUGGUGCAUCGGACACGAUUUUGAUUAUGAAGAAGCCCGUACGAUCAUACUAAAGCGGAGUCCUAUGCUUGAGGGUUCGGUUAUCAUGGUCAACGGGAAGUAUGAUGAAUGGUUUAAAGAUCUGGGUGACUCUGUCGAAAAUAUAACAAAGAUGCCAAGGCCGCGAUACAUCAAAACUCAUCUACCUUGGGACUUAUUACCGUGCCAGCUCCAUGAGAAGAAGCCAAAGAUAAUUUAUAUCACGAGAAAUCCAAAAGACGUUUGCGUCAGUUAUUAUUAUUACUGCAAAGUAUUCCACGGUAUGAAUGGAAGUUUCGAUGAUUUCGCAGAAUUAAUGCUACGUGAUAGUG